UGUAGUGGUCAGGGGUUGGGGCAGCAUCAGUACAGACAGGCUUAGGGCUGCAGCUCCGCAGAACACAAAACACCACAGCUGAAUAGAAAGCGUCACAGCCCGUUGCAUGGUAGGAGGGAGCUGCUCCACAUUGUUCCUCCGCACUGAUUCAACCGCCCAGGAAUCCUACGCUCCGUCUCGAAGCGCGACGCUCUUGCAGUGUCGACCCGCUAGCACGCUGUCUUUCCCAGCCCCGACCCUCUCAUCCGUCCGGCUGCAAGAUGAUGAAGUUUCGUUUCCGACGGCAGGGCAACGACCCACAGAGGGACAAGAUAAAACAGGAGUUGUUCGCCUUCAACAAGACUGUGGAACAUGGCUUUCCUCACCAACCCAGUGCCUUGAACUUUGACCCCCAGUUGCAGCUUAUGGCCAUUGGGAGCAAGUCUGGAGCCGUCAAGAUUUAUGGAGCUCCAGGGGUAGAGUUUACUGGACUACACAAAGACACCGCUGCCGUCACUCAGAUACACUUCCUCCAAGGACAGGGCCGUCUGCUCUCACUGCUUGAUGACAACACACUGCACAUGUGGGAGCUGGGUGGAGCCUCCCAGGAUGGAGGCGGGGCUAAGAGGGGAGUGGUUUACCUGGAGGAAAGACAUGCCUACAGUCUCCCUGGACGACCGGGACUAGAGAGCUGCAGUACGAGUCGGGUGACGGUGCUGCUGCUGCUGAGGUCAUGUGACCUGUUGUGUGUCGGCACUGAGGGAGGGGGCGUGCACUUCCUGGAUUUGCCCUGCCUCUCUUUGAGGGAAAACCAAUCACUGCUGUUGGACCAGGUGAUGCAGAGCAUGCCUGAGGACUACAGGUGUGGGAAGUCCCUGGGACCGGUGGAGUCCUUACAGGAGCACCCCCAGCUUCCAGGGAAGAUUCUGAUUGGUUACAGCAGAGGUCUGGUUGUACUUUGGGAUCUCAGCAGUAGAAACGCAGAACACCUGUUCCUGGGUAAACAGCAGCUUGAGUCUCUGGUGUGGGAACGUUCCGGUAGCUCCUUCAUCAGUUCCCAUAGUGAUGGAGGUUACAGCGUGUGGGCUGUUGCCAGUGGCAACCCCUACACACACCAGCCCGUGUCCUCAACUAUCCCCUAUGGUCCGUUCCCCUGCAAAGCCAUCAAUAAGAUAUUAUGGAGAACCACUCGGUCAGGGUGUCCAGUAGUAGUAUACAGUGGUGGGAUGCCUCGGGCCAGUUAUGGAGACCGUCACUGUGUGUCCAUCCAGCAGGACAAACAGCACGUCACCCUGGACUUCACCUCCAGAGUCAUAGACUUUUUCACUGUUCACACCACUGACCCAGAGCACGAAUACGAUGACCCAUCUGCCUUAGUGGUGCUUCUAGAAGAGGAGUUGGUUGUAAUUGACCUCCUGACCCCUGGCUGGCCCUCCAUCCCCCCUCCUUACCUGGCCCCACUGCACUCCUCUGCCAUCACCACAUCCUGUCACAUCGACAGAGUACCAGCCAAGCUCUGGGACCGCCUGGCCAUCGCUGGCAAGAGCCAGGGGACACAUUCCCCUCACAGGAGUUGGCCAAUAUGUGGAGGGAAGAAUCUUGCACCCCCGCCCAAACAACAGGAUCUGCUAUUGACUGGGCAUGAGGAUGGAACAGUGCGUUUCUGGGACGUCUCUGGAGUGGCCCUAACUCCUGUUUACAAGCUGAGCACAGCUCAUGUGUUCCAUACUGACUGUGACCUUAACGAUGACCCCCUGGACCCUAGAAACGACCCAGACACACAGCAGGAGGAAGAAGAGUGGCCCCCCUUCAGGAAGGUGGGCUGUUUUGACCCAUACAGUGAUGAUCCUCGGCUGGGUAUCCAGAAGAUCAGUCUGUGUAAAUACAGCUGUAGACUGGUUGUGGCCGGGACUGCAGGACAGGUGAUAGUUCUGGGUCUGAGUGACGAGCGAUCAGAUCACAUGAUCGACGUCUCAACAGUUGACCUGCUUCAGGACCUUGAGGGCUUUACCUGGAAAGGCCAUGAUAGGCUGGAGGCUCGCGCCAACCCCACCCCUUUCCCUCCGGGCUUUCAGCCAUUGGUCCUGGUGCAGGCCCUGCCCCCAGCCUCUGUUACAGCGGUAACACUACAUGCGGAGUGGAACAUGGUUGCUUUCGGGACGAGUCAUGGCUUCGGACUGUUUGACUACCACAGGCGCUCUGUGGUUCUGGCCAGAUGUACCCUCCACCCUAAUGACUCCCUGGCGAUGGAAGGGCCUCUGAGCCGAGUGAAGAGUCUGAAGAAGUCCCUGAGACAAAGCUUCAGACGCAUCAGGAAGAGCCGGGUAUCUGGGAAGAAACGUCCCCUGACUACACCUACCAGCAAGGUUCAGGAGGCUAAUGCGGCGCUGGCUGACCAGGAAGAAGUGGCUCCAGUCCAGAGGAGGAUUGAGCCGCGGUCAGCAGAUGACUCGCUGUCUGGUGUGGUGCGCUGCCUUUGUUUUGCUGACACCUAUCUACGGGACGGUACACAUCAUGGCCCCACCCUCUGGGCGGGGACUAACUCAGGGAGCGUGUAUGCGUACGCCCUGGAGGUUCCAGGUGUGUGUGUGGGGUCCGGCCGUGUGCUGGGUGAGGGCAGUGUGGAGGCUGUGUUGGGUAAAGAGAUCCAGCUGAUGCAUCGGGCUCCGGUAGUCUCCAUCGCGGUCCUGGACGGGCGGGGAAAACCCUUACCAGAACCCUACCAAGCCUCCCUGGACCUCGCCACCGCUCCAGACAUGAGCAACACACACUCGGUCCUCAUCGCCUCAGAGGAACAACUCAAGGUCUUCAGUCUUCCUAAAGUCAGUGCGAAGACCAAGUUUAAGCUGACAGCUCAUGAGGGUUGUCGUGUGCGACGCGUUGCCAUGGUGACCAUGUAUUCCACAGCCCAGGAGGACUACUGUGAGAAUACUCUGGUGUGUCUGACAAACCUGGGAGACCUGCACCUGUUCACCGUACCAGCCCUGAGACCACAGGUUCGGUAUGAGUGCAUCCGUAAAGAGGACAUCAGUGGCAUCGCUUCCUGUGUCUUCACUAAGAGCGGACAGGGUUUCUAUCUGAUCUCUCCGUCAGAGUAUGAGCGCUUCUCUAUGUCAGCCAAGGUGACCACCGAGCCACUAUGUUCUGUCCAGCUGGACCGACCGCUUGAGUCCCAAAGCAGUAAUGACGCCUCCACACCUCUCCAGGCCAACGGAACCCACUGGAGCCAGGCUGAAGGGUUCACAGAGGACCCCCAGAGUGGCCUGUCCUCCCCCCUGCUCUCUUCCCCCCUGGACUCCCCCCUCAGCAUGGCCGACAUCAGUUUAGAUACCACAGGGGACCUCACAGUGGAGGACGUCAGAGAUUACCUCGCUACAGUGGAUGAGGCAGAGAAUAACUUGAGGAACAUCACAGAAGAGGAAGCACACUCACCUGGCAUCCUUAUCAACUGACCAGGUCUGUUGUGGGAGGACAUUGACUGUUCUGGAUGACAGAACAGAAGGACAGUAGCUCCUAUACAUUACCACUGUCAGUGUCCACCGCUACUCCUCGCUUCCCUUCCAGUACUGGAGGCCUUGGACUGAUCAUAUGACCAUGUCAGCUACAGAGGAAAGAGCUGAAGGACUACAUAAGAGACUAUCUAACCACUAACACAUGCAUAUACACACGUGCGUGCGUGCACACUCACACACUACGCAAACACCUGGUCAGCCGAAUGUAGUUCCGUGUCUGGCUCUCCUUGGCCCUCUGUCUUUUUGCCCCUCUCCUGGGUGUUAUGGUCUGUGUGGCAUUAGAUAGUACAGGAUUUAAAUGAUGAACUAUGAACAUGUACUAGAAUGGAUGGAUGUUGAGAGGAUGAUGCAUGGAUGGAGACAGAGGAGGAUGAAUGAAUGUAUCGAGUCAAGAAGUAUAAGAGCAGGAUGUGCAGUCUAAUAUGUUGAAGGAUAUAGUGUUCCAGAGUGUUGUUGCUGUCAUGCAGUAUAACAUGUUAUUAACAUGAAGGAACUAACAAUGAAGGUAUUUGUAUUGAGAUGUUGUUGCCAUAGAUACGGUAUGUUUUCUAUGUCAGAUAAAAGCUAUUUUAUACUAUAGAUAGCCUGAGAAGUUUAAACUGUCUCUUAUAGUCUGUGUCUGAAUAGAGCGUUAACUGUCUAAAGAGCUGACUGUUAACUACUUACAGUUAAGUUGUUAGACUGUCUUAAUGAAAUGCUAUGUCUGGAUGUAGAGCUUACGCGUUAGAGAGCUAACAGUUAGUCCACUCUGUCUGAAUGGAGAGUUAACUAUUUACUGCUUCCUGUUGGAAAGCUAAUUGUUAGCUAUUUACAUUUCAAUCUAGAUGAAGUCCUAACAGUUAACGGUGGAUGGAUAUACAGCGGUCUGUUAGCUAAAUGCAGGGUCUAUCUGGGGAGCUAACGUUUAGCUAAAUGCUAACUGUCUGGAAGGAGAGCUGACAGCUGAAUGCAAUGUCUGUAUUGGGAGCAAACAAUUAGCAAACUAACUCGCUAUAAGGAAAGACUUAACUGUUAGUUUCCGACUUAUAUAGUGGGUGAAGGAGCUGGGCUAUAUCCAAACGUCUUUAAAUGCUUUAAAGAGCUGAAAAAGACAGGAUAAAUGAAAACCAUAUGAAGAAUAUGUGAGGAAGGAAUUAGCUUCCUUUUAUCCAACUCUUUUUGAUCAGCAAAGGUGAGGAGAGGAGCUCCUAUAUGAUAUAGGGUGAGCAUUUCCCCACCGACACCGCUAGGAUGUCGGGGAGGGGAAGCUAAUGCUAGGACUACCUGCAGCCGUCUUCUGGGUCAGUUCUGGAGUGCGUAUCUCAAGGCAAGAAUUGUUUUAACCCAUUUUUUUUAACUUUUACUGUGUAAAAUAUAUUUAGGUUGGGACCACGAGGAGACCGGUUCAGGCCAAUGAUCAGUGAACUUAGAACCUGUCACUAUAGUUACCGAUGAGCAGUAUUCCAAUAUUUAGGUCAUGUGAGCUGUGUUAAAGGGUCUAAAUAGGAAUUGUAGCAGAACUGUCUCUGUGUCAGUAAUUAACUCUCAUAGUCAAUGGAACAAGAAAGGACAUCCUUAAAACUGGUUCUUUCUGUAGUUUUAAUAUGAUCUUGUAGUAUUGCUGAUGGAGAAUGUUAAUAAAGUAUUUACUCCUAAACAUG